GUAGAGGCAGUCGUGCCAUUUCUUUCGGAAUAUUUCCACUCGAUACCGCAAUAAUUUCGUAUUUUGCGUAACGUCGCAAUCUCGGAAUUUCAAUACGCGCGUGCAGUAUUUUCUUAUUUAUUUAUAUGAUAAUUGAAGGUACAGCUGCUUCAUAACCGGUGUCAAAGGGAGACAUACUAGCGGCACCGUGCGAUACGGUGAAUCUUAGGAUUUAAAAUGUCGACGUGUGACGUGUAGUUUACAUUGACAGGUGUGGAAAGUUUGUCAGAGAAAUGGAGUAUUUUAAAAGUGGCCUGAAAUCGGUUUUGGGAACCGCUCCGGCUGGUACGCAGCCCACUGGUGCUGACACAGUGGAAAAAUUAGUAGACAGAUUGCAAUCGUCUACCUUACUCGACGACAGAAGAGAUGCUUGUCGCGCACUCAAGGCGCUGUCCCGCACAUACCGUGUGGAAGUGGGUGUUCAAGGAAUGGAUGCGUUGAGGCAGGUACUGGAGAUGGACAGGACAGAUUGCGAGAUAGUCGGUUUAGCCUUGAACACCCUCUGUAACAUAACAAACCCAGAAACGUUUGAAGAGGAAGAGGUGGACAAACACAGUCCUACGAAUAAAAUAGGGGAACAGUUUACAGAAAUAUUUAUUAAGCAUCCAGAUAGCGUUGGAUUGACACUAACAUUUCUCGAGGAGUUUGAUUUCCGUGUCAGGCGGCCAGCGCUGCAGCUGCUGACGCACUUGCUGACAAAUAGAUCUAAAGAUAUUCAAGAGAUUAUCUUGAUCAGUCCUAUGGGUGUUUCCAAACUGAUGGAUUUGCUCAGUGACAGUAGAGAAGUUAUACGCAACGAUGUUUUAUUGCUACUUAUCCAACUAACAAAAGGCAAUGCAAACAUACAAAAGAUAGUGGCGUUCGAAAAUGCGUUUGACCGCAUAUUUGAUGUCAUCAAGCAAGAGGGUAAUGCAGAUGGCGGCAUCGUCGUAGAAGAUUGCCUCUUACUGAUGUUAAAUCUCCUCAGGGGAAAUGUUAGCAACCAAAACUUCUUUAAGGAAGGUAGCUACAUUCAAAAAUUAACACCAAUGUUCCAAAUACCCAAUGAAGUUGACGAUAAUAAUCUUAGCAGCUGGAGUCCACAAAAAGUGUCUAACGUUCACUGUAUGGUACAGGUUGUGCGAGCAUUAGUAGCACCGAGCGCUCCUGCACAGGCAGUUGCUGCUUGUCAACGAACUAUGAGAGCAUGUGGAUUAUUGCAAGCAUUGUGCGAUAUACUAAUGGCUAGUGGAGUGCCUGCAGAUGUCCUAACAGAGACUAUUAACACUGUAGCAGAAGUGAUAAGAGGAAAUGCUAGUAACCAAGAAUUUUUGGCUAGUGUGAUGGCACCAAGCAUUCCACCGAGGCCGGCCAUAGUUGUUUUACUGAUGUCCAUGGUAAACGAGAAGCAACCGUUUAUUCUACGCUGCUCAGUAUUAUAUUGCUUCCAAUGCUUCCUGUACAAAAACGAAGUUGGACAAACGCAGUUAAUUCAGACUUUAUUGCCGCAAGGAAACGAGGCACCAUCGUUGACUACAGGACAGUUGCUGUGCGGUGGACUGUUCUCUAUGGAUUCCCUAUCGAAUUGGUUCUCCGCCGUGGCGUUAUCUCACGCCUUAAUCGAGAACAUAAGUCAGAAGGAGCAGCUGCUAAGAGUGCUCCUCGCAACCAAUAUCGGCAAGCCACCAGUAACGCUAAUGCAACAGUGCGUCAUGCUGCUGCAACAGGGGAACAAGACGCAAUGUAAAUUGGGCUUACUGAUUCUUCUUUGCCGAUGGACGUCGUAUUGUCCACUCGCGGUAAAGUCAUUCCUAGCUAUCGACUCCUCAGUAGCGUAUCUAACGGCCCUCCUGUCGUCGCAAGAGAAUAACGAUGAUUUACAAGAGAUCUUGUUGCAAAGCAUGUGCGCCCUACUUAUCGGCAUUUGCGUUCACUUCAAUGACGACAGCGUACCUACUUACACGAAGGAGAAAGUGUGCAAUUUAAUAGAGAACAGGAUAGGUUUGGAAAGAUUUCAAGACGCGAUUGGUGGUAUCGGCAGACACGAAAUAUAUUCUCGGACGUUGAAACACCCACAGCCGUCAGCCCAAAACCCGUCGGAACUUUUACUGGAUCAUGAAUUUUGCAAAUUACUGAAAAGUUUAGAAGGUACUAUAAUAAAAUCAGUGAUAGAUGCUAAUAACGAACAUCAGAACAGAAAUCAGUUAUCUAUGAUAAGUUUAUCUGAUAAUACACUGGUUUUACAAUACAAGGAUCUCAUUAGAGAGCAGGAUAUGCAAAUUCAAAGGUUAAAUCAAGCUAAUGAUUCCCUCAUGAAAGAAAAACAAGAACUUGAGGCACAGGUACAAGAACUCCGAUCGACCGUUAGCCACUUGCGAGACCAAAAUUUAGUUCUUCGAGCUGCACAAGCAAAUAUAGGAAAUGAAAAAGAAACUAUUGCUUCCAGCAAUAAUUCAGACUUUGAAAAGGAAUUGCAAACGUACAAAACAAUGGUCGCAGAUUUAGAAAAACGUUUAGCGGAACAUACGCACAUAACGCAAGAUUACAAGGAGAACGACAGUGAAAAGGAAUCCGAGUUGGAGCAUCAGUUGAAAUCGAAGACGGAAGAGCUUGAAAAAUUGAAGAAGGAUCAAGAAGAUCUUUUAGAACUCUUAACAGAUCAAGAUAAUAAAAUCAUGCUGUAUAAGGAAAGAUUAAUUGAAUUAGGCGACAAGGUCGAAUCUGAUGAAAGUUCAGGUGAACUUGACACGGAUGAUCAACCAGAAUCAAGUAAUUGAAGUGGUAUUUAAUUGGUAUUUUAGACAAAUUAGCAACAGCAUUCUGUCCUCAACAUUCUUUUUUUUUAUCAAAUUUUGUCUCAUAGAAGAUGUAAAAUAUAAAAAAUGUAUUUAAGAUUUAUGCAAAUAAUAUGCGCUGCACACAAUUGUAAAUUGAUAUUAUUUCCAGAGACUAAGAUGUAUAAAACAUCUGAUGGAUAUAUUUUAAUUAAAUUGUAAUAUCUUUGUAAUAUUA